AUGAAUUCGGGAAUUCCACCAUGGCGGGCCACAGCCUCAGCAACUACCACCACAACAGCCGCACAUUAUCCUGGACAUGAUACUCCUGCAUAUAUUCCGGUUCAAGCACGCCGUAGCCUUGCCCGUCACUCCGAGUCGACUGCUCCUGCAACCACCCCGGCCCAACCCAGCCCUGCUGAAACAGCCCAUCGGAAACGAGUAGAGUGGCCGAGUUCCGUUCGCACGUACGUUCAAAGGAGCUUCAUACCGGAGAAUCAGAUAAGCAGUGUCACUAGAGAAGAGAUGGAGACAAAGUUGAAGGCUGUUAUCACCCAGGCAGCGGAAAGAGAUCAGCUUGACAAGAUCGAUUGGGAUUCCUUGCCUCUGCCACAGGUCAUGAUCCAAAAUGAGCGUAACAGCAUUCUGACCAACCCAAGUGUAUCCAUGCGGGAUACUCUGGUCGUUAGAUCUGGAUCGGCAAGCGAGGAUGUUUCCAGGAAAAGAAAGUCCACUGAGCUGCAGUACCAGCACGAGGAUGCUCACGCAUCUCCACCGUGGAGACAAACUAACAGUCGCAAUGGUUUUGAAAAUCGAGUGACCUAUAGUCCAACAGACAAACGACAGCGAAAAGAUUAUAAACUUUCAAGUAGUAAGUCCAAAGCUAAUCUGGAAAUGCGGAGGAAGCGUUUUGAAGAACCUCGAGCGCGAUAUGGAUCUUCACCAUCAUCCCGCGGUGAAUCGCCUAUCGCCAGUGCAAACCAGGGACCCAUUGUUGGGAGAUGUCAGGAUUUGGAGAAGAAUUACUUCCGCCUGACAUCUGCUCCAAACCCGGACACAGUCCGUCCCCUUCCAGUCUUGAUGAAGACACUGGACCUAUUGAAAAAGAAGUGGAAGAAAGAUAACAACUACGGCUAUAUCUGUGAUCAGUUUAAGUCGUUGCGUCAGGAUUUGACGGUCCAGCACAUCAGGAACGAGUUUACCGUUAGCGUCUAUGAAAUCCAUGCUCGUAUUGCCCUUGAGAAAGGGGAUCUCGGUGAGUAUAAUCAGUGUCAGACUCAACUGCGGGCGUUGUAUGCACAGCAACUAGGCGGACACCCCACAGAGUUUAAGGCGUAUCGUAUUCUCUAUUUCAUUCACACCCGCAACUGGACGGCCAUGAAUGAUGCGUUGGCCGAUCUAACAACAGCAGACAAGAGAGACCCUGCUGUCAAGCACGCCCUGGAAGUGCGCUCAGCCCUUGCGCUCGGGAAUUACCACCGUUUCUUCCAGCUGUAUCUUGAUACCCCUAAUAUGGGAGCAUAUCUCAUGGAUAUGUUUGUCGACCGUGAGCGGCUCUCGGCUCUUGCAGCUAUCUGUAAAGCAUACAAACCAGACGUAAAGAUUCGCUUCAUCACAGAGGAAUUGGGUUUCGAAUCUGAUGAGCAGAGUGCGCGCUUCAUUCUGGAUCAUUCCUCUGAGGAAUUACUCCAAGAGAAGGAUGGCUCUGUGAAGCUUCUCACUGGAAAAGCUGGCCGGAUAUUUGAAGUUGCCAAAGCAGAUGCUCACCGAGUUGUCGACAUUAAAGGACAGAUUUGA